AUGGCUCCUCCGCAGCUGAACGGCGGGCAGGAGGGGCGGCAGGAGGGGCGGCAGGAGGGGGGCGGCGGGAGCACCUUCACCUGGGAGGAGGUGGGGCUGCGCACGGGCCGGGUCCGGCCCCACCGGGAGCGCUGGCUGGUGAUCGACAGGAAGGUCUACGACGUCAGCCGCUUCCACGAGCGGCACCCGGGGGGCUCCCGCGUGAUCCGCCACUACGCCGGGCAGGACGCCACGGAUGCAUUCACGGCAUUCCACCUUGAUAAAAAUCAAGUGAGCAAGUACUUGAAGCCAUUGCUGAUUGGGGAGCUGGCACCAGAUCAACCUAACUCUGAGCCCAACAAAAAUCAACUGAUAGUAGAGGACUUCCGGAAGCUGCGAUCCACUGUUGAGGAGAUGGGACUCCUGAAGCCCAACUGUCUCUUCUUCUUUCUGACUUUCCUCCAUAUUGUGCUACUGGAUAUUGGUGCCUGGUUGACCAUCUGGUACUUUGGAUCAUCUUUAGUACCAUUUCUCAUAAGUGUUACAUUAUUUGCUACUGCUCAGUGCCAAAUGAACUGGCUGCAGCAUGACUUAGGACACCUUUCUGUCUUUAGCAAAUCAAAAUGGAAUCACAUGCUACAUGCAGUCUUAAUGUGCAUGAUGAAAGGAUUGGCAGCAAAGUGGUGGAAUAACCUGCAUUUCCAGCACCAUGCCAAGCCCAACUGCUUUCGUAAAGACCCCGAUCUCAACAUGCACCCCAUUUUGUUUGCUCUGGGGAAGAAACUAGCUGCAGAGCUUGGGAUGCAGAAAAAGAAGUUCAUGCCUUACAACCAUCAACACAAGUACUUCCUCCUUUCAGGUCCAGGUGUGCUGCUUCCCUUCUUUCAGAUAUCUGUAUUCUACUUCUCAAUCAAGCGAAAAGAAUGGCUGGAGCUGGCCUUGUUGAUAAGCUUCUACAUCCGAAUUGGUCUCAUGUAUAUACCCCUUAUGGGAUUUAAGUAUUUCAUUGCAUACUACUGGCUGUUCAGGUUUGGUGAGAUCUGCUGUUUUACCUGGGUGUCACAAAUGAAUCACAUCCCAAUGCACAUUGACUAUGAUGAAAAUACAGACUGGGUGUCUACACAGCUCCAAGCAACCUGCAACGUGGAUCAGUCCUUUUUCAAUGACUGGUUUACUGGCCAUCUGAACUUCCAGAUUGAACAUCACCUUUUCCCCACAAUGCCUCGACACAACUUCUGGAAAGUGGCCCCUCUGGUGAAAUCCCUCUGUGCCAAGCAUUGCAUUGCCUACCAAUGCAAGCCACUGCUGACUGCCUUUGGAGACAUUUUGCGCUCUCUGAAGGACUCCGGACAAACCUGGUAUGAUGCAUAUAUGCAUGAAAAAGAAGGAGAAACUCUUGAAAACUGAUUCCAUCAUUAGCCAUGAAAAUAUAUCACAGACUG